GUGGCCGUUUCAGAACAUUUCAAUUGCUUUCUCCAAAUGCUACUUUUUAUGACAACCUCUAUUUUCCUCUCCAAGUUUUGAAAUGGGAGAAUGGCUCAACCUAUACUUAUUUUAAAAUUACUAAACCGUAUGGAGUGUUUUUGAACACUCCUAAUUCCAAAAUACAACAUCUUCUAUUGCAAAACUUCCUGCUUAGGGUAGCUGGAUCAAGGAGCGAACAAUCAUUCUUUCCCUCCUUCUCCUUCUCCUCCUUUUAAAAACUGGCCGCGAAGAAGAGGCCUUUUCAAACCUGCGGGGCUUCCCAGGCCAGCCUUUCGGCAGGCUCCCGGCCGCCGCGGAAGCUUUUCCAGGGCCCGGGACGAACUUUCCAAGCCGGCCUCGGGGGCUUCCAGGAAAGCGCUGGAAGGCGAGCUUUCGCAAUUGCAGUUCCUCCGCGGUUUCUGCAGAAGUUGGGGAGGGUUCAGACCCACAAGCUAUGACGGUGAGGGGAGAGACAUAAGACCGCGAAGGUCCACGUGACUCAUCCCCACAUUAUUCACAGGCAGCCGGGAGAACGAAUUAGUAAAGUUUUGUCCCACCGCGUGGACUCCGCGCAAGCAUCGCGCUUUCUUUCCUUUCCACUCUUCCUCCUCCUCCUCUUUCCCAAUUUCCCACACACACCCCCAUUUGUUCUCGGAAAGCCCUUCCCCAUUAAGGGUGGGGGAACCCGUAAGGUUGCCAGACGGAAGUUGGGAUUCUCUGCGAUUUGCCGUUUUCCCCGACGCGUGUUCAACUUGGGUAAUGUAGGAACGGAGCCAAGCGGACCUGUGGCGAGAGUCUCCGACCUCCCCGCUUCUCCACGGGAGCAUCUUUUUACGCCUCCCGCCGACUGAAGACGACAAGAAUAACGAGUGGAGGGAGAUAUCCAGAUUAGGAAGUUCUGAAAUCUCCAUUACAUCAGCCUCCACCAAACCAGACUAUAUUCAGCAGAAGACCCAAAAGUUGAACUUCAAGCAACAACUUUUAAAUAACCAAGUGUUCAAGUGUUCUUUUAAUGUGAAACUCAAGAAUGUUGUGUAAAAACUUUGGAAUGUUUGAGGGUUCAAGAACUACCUGAACCAGAAUCACAAAAGGAUAACCUGUCAACCCCAUGCUGAGAAUUUCAUUAUUUCAGAUCACAUAAUAUCUCUGGAACUGGGGUAACAGAUGGACCAUUGGAUAUUUUGCACGAUACUUCUCUGCAUACCGUUAUGUCUUGGUCUGGUUCAGAAUCAAGGCAAUCAGGUGUUUGAACCAAGAAACCUUAGGAUUUCCUCAAAUAAUCCUCAUCAGCAACUGCUCCUGGAAUGGGAUGUUAGUGAUGACUCUGAAGCAUACAAUUCCCAAAUAGACAUUAUUUUUAACAUCCAAAUUCGUUUAAGAGAAGAAAAUGAAACAAUUAUUUUGAAUGUGAAUUAUACAGCAGUUCCCAAUAAGUCAAGACAACAUCACCAGUGGAGGUUUACCUCUGAGGUACCCUUGCAGUGUGCAACUCAUGAAGCCAGAAUAAGGAGUAUUGUGGCAUCUUCUCAAAUUUGGAGUAACUGGACUGGUUGGGUAGCAGCAAAUGGGCCAAAUGCUCUCAGUAAUGAAGAAAACCAUAUCUUUCCUGAAGGAAAAGUAUUUGAGCAAGGUUCAAACAUCACAUUUUGCUGCAUUGCGAAGAAAAAUGAACGUGUAACUAGUUUUACAUUUUACACAGAACCCAACAACACAACCCAGCCACCCAGAAUAUUAUUUACUAAAAAGACUAACUCUUCAUUCCCUGGUCGCUUUCAACUCACCUGUGGUUUUAAGAGCGGUCCUCGUUCCAUUUAUCUCUACCUCACCAGGCAGCCUGAUAAACCCCAAAAACUGAGCUGUGAAACUGAAGAUAUGAUUAAUAUUACAUGUACUUGGGAUCCUGGAUAUGUAGAGACGACCUAUUACUUACAGGAACGCUGUCCAAUGGAGUUUAUUUUGUCUGAUGUCUCUUCUACAAAAAUAUAUUGCAGUACAAAGUUUAAACACAACUGUUCAUUCAAGAGGGACGACCAAUUCCUAUACAAUGUAAAGUUAACCUCCAGCAAUUGCCUUGGACAGAAACAUGAGCAGCUUAGUUUUAAUGUAAUGCACAUAGUUCGUCCUGUAAUUAGCAGUAAACCAUCAGUGGAUCAUCUAAAUGCUACUUUCAUUCAGUUAUCUUGGCAGAUAAAACCAAUAAAUGCAAGCCUAUCAUUGCUAUGCCAGAUCAAUGUUGGUGAGAAUAAGUACAAUAUCACAGCGCAGUCCAAUUCGGAUUUCCAUUUCCACUUCCAACUGGGUGGACUGCAGCCUGCCACAAACUAUAUAUUUAAAGUACGCUGUGCUGCAGAUGUCAGUCCCUUCUGGAAGUGGAGUAACUGGACAGAGAUAUCGACUGAGACCCCUGAAGCUGCUCCAUCAGGAUUGCUCGAUGUCUGGAGACAUAUUAACUCAGGCCUGGAGCAACGUAAUGUAACUGUAUUCUGGAGGGAAUCCUCAGAUUUUCGUCGUAAUGGAAAGAUAGAAAAAUAUCACCUAUCCUGGGAAAAUUUAGAGGACCCUACAGUGCGGCGUCACAGUGACUCAGUUUCUGCCUCACAGAACCACGCAACGAUUUCUCUUGGCAAAGGUUCAUACAAAAUCCUUGUGCGGGCACAGAACAGAGUAUCUACAUCAUCUCCCUCUGUGAUCAUCAUCCCAGCAAUUGAUAAAAAUGAUAAAGUGCAUUAUAGCGAAGAGACCACGGACAAAAAUGAAGAACAUAAAAUUUAUAUUUCUUGGAAUCAUCAAAGCAAGUUCAGUCAGUAUGUUGUUGACUGGUGCAACCAGCCCACAGGUCCCUGGUGUGAUUUUCAGUGGAAGAAAUAUGAGCCAAUCACGUCCAGUGAUCUCAUUACAUCUGAUGCCUUCAAACCUGGGAUAAGAUACACUUUUAAUGUGUACGGAAUACAAGAUGAUAGAAGUUUUUUAUUGGAAAGGAAGGCUAAAUAUCUCGAAGAAAUGGAACCCCCACCCUACAACCUGUCUAAUAUAGAUUCAAUCACUGCAAAUUCAUUAAGAGUGACUUGGGAACGAUAUGGUCAAAAGUUCAAGGAUGGUUUUAUUAGAGGUUACGUGCUUUACAUGAAAAUGGAUAAUGAAAGCUGUUCAGUACAAGGAUCCAAACCAUUAAUACAUCCAGGUAAUCUGAUGAUAUGCAGUUACAAAAUUGAAGACCCAAACCAAACUGAAUUCAUAGUGAGACAUUUGAAACCCAAUACAAAGUACUUAUUUGCAUUUCAAGCUUAUGCUGUCAAUCCUAAUUAUACUGACAAUCUUAGCUUUACGGCAGUGUUUACUCCAAAUGAUGAAAAAUGGCUUUUCAAUCUACUUUACCUACUACUGAUUAUUCCAUUAAUACUGAUGUGUAUAUGUUCCAGGAAAAAUAAUCGCGUAAAGAAUUGUUUGUAUCCUGUAAUACCCCAACCUAAAGUGACUCCAUUUUUGAAGAUGAGCCUUGGAAUAAUAGAAGUAAAUGAUAUGAUUCCCAACCAAUUAGUCAUGCUGGAGAAGCCAAAGGAAUUCACUCCCAAGCCAUCUACUUUGGGAGUACUAUUAGAAAAUAUGACAUACUCUCAAUCCACCUAUUACCCAGAAAUACAGAUAGAAGAGAGAAUGAACCAGAAAUUCAACUCAGCUGUCACAUCCUACAAACCUCUCCAAGACUUUGGUUUUCCAAGCAGCCCCAACCCCUGCACCCCAGAAUCCCCCCUCUAUUCAAAAGACAAUUUGAAUUACCUCUACAACACGGAAGUGCCUCCCUCUAUGAUCGAAGGAAAUGAUUCUUCUUGUUCUGUAUAUUGGCUGGAUUACAGACCUCAGAGCAGCACAACUUCAGGAAGAAAUUCAGACUAUUAGAUUAAUAGCCAGUUAUUACCGGUAUAUUUAUUUCAGUUCACUGGGUAAAGGUUCCCCUCGCACAUAUGUGCUAGUCGUUCCCGACCCUAGGGGGCAGUGCUCAUCUCCGUUU